CGCCCUCCCUCCCCCUCCCCAGAUGGAACUCAACCGCCUAGCGGUCCCAGCCGUAUAUGUACUAAUUGCAUUCCUGGGGUACCCCUCACAGGUGCUGUUCUACUAUCUGGAACCCCGGCCGUUGACCAAGAACGAAUUGAUCCUGGCCAAUGUCUUGCUGGUGUGUAUUUUCAUAACGUAUACGAAAUCAGUGUACGUGGAUCCCGGGACGAUACCGAAAAAUGGCGGAGAAGAAUUAUCAAAAGAGCAAGGGGAAUCAUCUGGAGAUGUGUUGGAGACCAAAAGGAAAGGCGCGGGCCAGUCACGAACAAAAUGGUGCCGGAAAUGCGACGCUGUAAAGCCGCCUAGAGCACAUCAUUGCAAGGAGUGUAAAAGAUGUAUCCCCAAAAUGGACCACCACUGCCCCUGGACCGCAAACUGCGUCUCACACACGACAUUCCCGCACUUCCUGCGAUUCCUGCUCUACACAACCCUAGGCCUAACGCUGCUGACAACGCUGCUAACCCAGCGCCUCCACCACCUCUGGACCCAACGCGACCUCCCCUCAUACCUAGGCCCAUCCAAAUUCCUCGUCUUCCACCUUUUCGCCACCACCCUCGUAAACAGCAUCACCUUCUUCGCCCUCAGCGUGCUGCUGAUCCGCAACAUAUGGAGUCUAGCCGUAAACACAACCACGAUCGAAGGCUGGGAAAUCGCGCGCCACCGCACCGUGCUGCGCCGCGCGCGCGUCUUCGGCGGCUUCCUCGACACCCCAAACGGCGCCAGGCUGCGCAUCACCAAGCAGGAGUUCCCCUACGACAUCGGCGUCUGGCGGAACGUCGUCCAGGGCAUGGGCGGCUCCGCGAACCCGCUGAAUUGGUUCAAUCCGUUGUCGCCGACGCCCCCGUUGGAAACGGGCCUCGCGUUUCCGACGAACGGCUUCGAGGAUCCGGAUGUUGCGUGGCCGCCGCCUGAUCCCGAUCGCUCGUUUGUGAGACGCGAGACGGUGCCGCGGGGUGGGGCGGGUGAGGCGGACGGCGAGGGCGGCGCGUUUGUGUAUGGCUCUUCGGUGCAGACGCCGCAGCAGACGCUUGCGGCGUUCCGCGCUCGUCAGCAUGCUGAUAUAGUUAGGAGGAGGAAACCUUUUGUGCAGCGGGUAGAUGCGGCUCAGGCGGCGUCUGCUAUGUCUUCUUCUGCGUACAGAGAUAACACACGCGGAGAUGACGAGGGUGAUGAUGGAUCAGAGGAGGGAUUCCCCGGUAGCGACGACGAAGUCGAGAGAGGAAGUAAUAGUGGCCGUGGCGCUGGCAAGUACGGGGCCGCAGAAGAUGAUGGGGAAGAAGCGUGGCGGAAUGCCGAGGGAGAGCGGUUACUUGAUUUUGGUGUUGAUGAGGAGGUUGAGUUCUAUGAUGAGCCUGUCGUUGUUACUGGGGAGGGGGAGGAUGGAGGAGAUGACGACGAUGUGCCGUUGAGCGAGCUGUUGAGUCGGAAACGAAGGGAGAUGGGGAGGAUGUGA